AUGGCCUACCACUACAGCUUUCUGUUCUGGCCCAUGCAAGAGCGAUACCCGGGCAUGACGCUGAAGGUCGAUGCGUGCCAGAUCCCGCCAGCUACCGUGCUUGCCCAGCUCGACGAGCUCGUGCGCGGCCUCUGCAACCCACUCACGUUUGAGCCCGUCGAGUCACCCCACCCGCUCUUCCAGCAAGCCCGCAUGACGUUUGCAACGCACGCCCAAGCCGACAAGACCAUGGCGGUCCUGAACGCGCACCCAGCGCUCGCCCGCACGGGUAUCAACUUCUGCCGCCCGCCCGAGAUCUUCUAUCCCGAGCUGAGCACGCUCUUCACCGCCCGCGUCGUCGAGCCCCACACACCGCCCGCGGCGUACGUCCCCGAAAAGCUCGAGCCAGAGCCGGCGCGAGAGCCGUGGAUGGAGGCCGGGUGGACGGCUGGCGUCCCCUCCCCGUCUGAGUUCUUCAACCCAGACGACGCGGAGAGCUUUGAGCAGGCAUUCUCGGACCAGCUCUUGCUCGGCUGGCGCUGCCACGUAUUCGCCCGCGAUGAGGACUUUGCAGCCAAGGAGGCACUGGAAGACAUGAACGCGCAGCGCACAGCCGCGGGCAUGCCGCCGCUGGGCCCGGACAAGUUUGACGAGGGCGACGACCCACUGCGAGGACGCGUACUGGCGCGCCUCCCGCCGGGGCAGGAGCAAUAG